AGUAGUGGUGCAGUGCAGUACGUUCUGAUGAACUUCUCUUUGGAAGGGUCCUGUGAUGAACAGAACUUAAAAGUUUGUACCAGCUCCAUUCCAUGGCCCGUUGCGCGUAACCGUAAAAUAAAGCUGCACACGGGUGGUGUGCUAGACUGCCAGUACGUGCUACGCAGCGUGCGUGGGUGAUAUCUGCCUGCCAAAGGCCCCAACACGCGGCCCACUCGCCGCCGCCGCCGAGUCCGACGCGUGUGCCGCGGCCGCGAAAUGCCGCACUCCUCCCCGCAACCCCUGUCACUGACCCGCUCGCUGCCUGCUGGCGCCGCCCGCGUCCUCCUGCCAUUGGGGCUCCUGCUCCUCGUCUCGCUGCUCGCGCUCCACGGCCGCACCGGGGAACCACAACGCCUUGCGGCGGGGCGGCCCGACCCCGCCGCGCAGUUCCUGUCGCUCUCCACGGGGGCCAAUGCUACCAUCGCCGCCGACCUCCGCGCGCUCACCGCGGGGCCGCACCUCGCAGGGACGCCGGGGGCGGCGGGCGUCGCCGAGCGCGUGCUCGCGAAGUUCCGCGCCGCGGGGCUCCGAACCCUAACACGCGAGUACGCGCCGCUGCUCUCCUACCCGGCGCACGCCUCCCUCGCGCUGCUCGCGCCCGACGGCCGGUCCCUCCUGGCGCACCUCUCCGUCGGCGAGCCUGCGGACGCGGCCGGCCGCCUCGUGCCGCCCUACCACGCGUACGCCCCGUCCGGGGCCGCCGUCGCGGAGGCGGUGUUCGUCAACCUCGGCCGCGAGGAGGACUUCCUCGCGCUCGACCGGCUCGGGGUGGGCGUCCGCGGCCGCGUCGCGGUGGUGGUCCGCGGGGCCGGGUACCGUGGCGGGGUGGUGGCGCGCGCCGCGGCGAGGGGCGCCGUCGCCGUGCUCAUUGCCGGGCGCGCGGACGGCGGCGUCGAGAGGGGCAUGGUUCUGCUCGGGGGCCCCGGCGACCCGCUCACGCCCGGGUGGGCCGCCACGGGCGCCGCGGAGCGGUUAGGGUUCGACCACGAGGCAGUGAAGAGGCGGUUCCCGACGAUCCCGUCCAUGCCGGUGUCGGCCGAGACGGCUUCGGCGAUCGUACGGAGCCUGGGUGGUCCGGCCUUACCGGCGGAGUGGCGUGCCGCGCUCGGGCUCGGGGAGGACGUCGGUGGCGUCGGACCAGGCCCCACGUUGGUCAACUUCACGUACCAGGAGGACAGGAAGAUGGCCAUAAUAAAGGAUAUUUUUGCUACCAUAGAAGGAUAUGAAGAACCCGAUCGUUACGUGAUCCUUGGUAACCACCGAGAUGCAUGGACUUAUGGAGCAGUCGAUCCUAACAGUGGGACAGCUGCGCUUCUUGAUGUUGCUCGCCGUUUUGGAAUAAUGCUGCAGUCAGGUUGGACACCACGGAGGACUAUCAUUCUUUGUAGUUGGGACGCUGAAGAGUUUGGAAUGAUCGGAUCAACUGAAUGGGUCGAAGCGAACCUUGGGGAUCUGCAUUCUAAAGCUGUAGCUUACUUGAAUGUUGAUUGUGCUGUGCAAGGCAUGGGGCUUUUUGCUGGUUCUACUCCCCAGUUGGACAAGCUCUUGGUCGAUGUUACAAGGUUAAGGAUCCGGAUGUUGAAGGAAAGACAGUUCAUGAUACAUGGAGUGCCAUGGAUGGUGGCAUCAAUUUUGCAGAUAGAGAGACUUGCCAGAACUGAUUCUGAUUUUGCCCCAUUUCUACAUCAUGCUGGAAUUCCUUGUGUGGACUUGUACUACGGAAAAGAGUUUCCAGGCUACCAUACUGCACUUGACUCGUAUGUUUGGAUGGAAAAGCAUGGCGAUCCAUUGUUUCAUCGUCAUUUGGCUAUUGCCGAAAUUUGGGGACUACUAGCGCUUCGCUUGGCAGAUGAUCCCGUGUUGUCUUUUGACUAUCAGACAUACGCCUCACAGUUACAGGAGCAUGCAAAUGUGUUAGUUGCGGUGAUGAACAAUAACCAAUCAGUCAAUUUCAUAAAUGGAGCCAUCGAUGCUCUUUCUGGUGCAGCCACUGAAGUUCAGAAGGAGGCAAAGGAACUAAAACAACUGGAUACACGUGACGGACACGCCCUAAUGAGGAGGCGGUUGUUGAACGAUCGUCUUCUACUUGCUGAAAGAAGUUUCCUGCAAGCAGAAGGACUCCAAGGAAGAGCAUGGUUUAAGCAUCUGUUGUACUCGCCUCCGGAGGACUACGAGAGUGAGCUUUCGUUCUUUCCCGGGAUCGCGGACGCCAUCUCUCGGUCGAGGAACCAGAGCGCGAAGCAACAGCAGGCGGCGGUGCGGCACGAGAUGUGGAGGGUCUCCAUGGCCAUCCAGAGGGCCGCAGGUGUGCUUAGAGGUGGAUUUAGCCAACAAAAUGAACCAUUCAACUUGAGUUUCCCCAUGGUUCCAUGAAAUUGAAAAAUGUGUAUAGUAGUAUAUUUCGUGUGUUUUCUCGUAGAAAUGAAAGCUUGCUCAAGGUUAUACACAUCAGGCCGUUCCUAUUUUC